AUGCUUCUAAGCAUCGCCUUUGUAUGUGUCUGGCUUUUCCAUCCUGUCUUUGCAGGCGCUGCAGUGUUGGGAAGUGUCAGUGGGUGGUUUCCUAUUAAUGAGACAUUUGAUACUGAGCUUUUCUUGGGAAAGCGGCUUGUAUUUAGAGCAUUGGACGUGGCUUGGACCACAACCAGUGCAACGUUAAAAAGUGUUGAAGACGAGAUCAAUGCAAUCGUAUCUGUGAACGCAAUUCCUGUUAUCAACUGGAACCCCUUACUAAGUGACACGUAUCGGGACACAUUGCAGGCAAUAGAGGAUGGAUUGCAUGACGACAUAAUUGACGCUUUUUUCACACUACUGAAUGGAACAGUGCAGAAAUCCUAUUGUGUGCUCUUCUUUGGCACAACCUGCAAUUCAAAUGGCGUGUACUGGUCGGAAGACCCAGAGCUGUAUGUCAGGGUUUACAAGAGGCUUCACCUUAAAGGGAAGGCAGCUGGAGUUGCAGACAGGAUUAUCUGGGGGUGGAAUAUUGAUAUUACAAAGUUUAAGGCAGUCGAGGGCAAUCCGUAUGCUUUGGAUACUACCAAUCUUGUCCAUACACCGUCUGAGUAUUUCCCGGGAGAAUCUUACGUUAAUUGGAUAGCAUUGCAGCUCAUCAACGAUGACAUACAUAACUGGGUAGAUCCAAGGGAGCCGAUUCAGGUAGGGAUGGGGGUUGCGUCUAGUCUCGCUCCAGGGAAACCUGUCAUGCUCAUAGGUGGAACCUCAAGCAUGGUGGAUGAUGGGCACGGGGAAAUGGUUAGCAGCACGAAGGCAAAGAGCAUGUGGCUGGAAGAAUUUGUAGAAACUGCACAUGAGCACAUGGAUAGAACUGAAGGCAGCGCUGCUGUGAUAAAGACUAUUCUAUUAUAUAACCGAGAGUCUAGCCUUGAUACAGGGUUCUACAACAGUGUCAAUGGAGAUGUUGUAACCUCUAUCUCUAAUAGUGGGGUUGAGCUGUUUUCAUACAGUGUCUUGGAAACACUGUUCCCUGAUCAAGUAGUGGCAGAGCCUAGUUCUGAACCAUAUAUUGAUGAAGUUAGCCCCAUAGUCGCCUUUGGUGCUAUCUGCGGCCCGGGAGAGCGUGGACAAGCCAGUUCUGGCACAUGUGCGCCGUGUGAAGCAGGAACGUAUUCAAAUAAGACUGCUGCAUCCGAAUGCGACCCGUGCCCUAUAGGAUUCUACAAUGAAGAAGUUGGCCAAGUCGAAUGUGUACCCUGUCCUCCCAAUAAGACAACGGUGCACGACGGUGCUCGCUUGGAAGAAUACUGUGAGUGCGCGCCAGGCUUUGUUCUAAGAGAUGCAGACAAUAUAGAUGCUGGAUGUAUUCAGUGUCAGAGAAACAGCUAUAGCAAGGGGGGAACAUCCACAUGUCAGCAGUGUCCCUCUGGUAAUAGGUGGCCCACAGGAAAAUCAGGCGUCGGAUGCUUCUGCAAAAAAGGUACAUGGGACCACAAGACAGAACAAUGUACCACCAUUACUAGUGCAUUCGCUAGUUCUACCAGUAUCGCAGUCUCUGUUUGCGUCGGUUUGGCGUUAAUACUAGUAACUAUCGUUGUAAAUUAG